AGGCACAGGAGCUGGGGAGGAGACUCUUCUCAUUCAGUUGAGAGAGAGUUAAAUCCCCAAUUCCUUGACUCCACCCCAUCAUUUGAGUUCAGUGGUCUCCUUACACUCCUACUCUUAACCUGGCUCCCGCCUCAGGCGGGCAGGCAGCAGCACGGGGUGCUCAGGCCAAGCCUGACUGAAGAGCAGCCAGCAGCAGCCAGUCUGGUCCCAGGUUUGCCCUCCUGAGGGGUGGCUAAGAGCCGGGUGGGUGGCUCAGCUUUUCCCCUUGGGAAGUGGACUGGAGGAAGGCUUGGCUUAUAAAAUCAGGGGAUGUGGAGAGCAGGCUGACCAUAGCCUUUCCACAGCCCUCCAGGCCAUGUCUCCCAGAGGUGCUUAAUAGCCAGCUGCCUGUGGCCACCCCACCCUCAAUGCCACCCUGAGCUCUGGGUUCCUUCAGAUUCCCCUCCAGAGUCAGACUAGCCCUUUGGUGCUGAGGGCAUGGUGAGAGCCCCCUUGGUGAGCCACUCACAUUAGAGACCCCCUUUCCGCUGCCACCUCUUCCUCCCUCUGGCCCUCCCUCGGCAUCUGGCAAGAGCCUUCCCGCCCCCCUCCACCCACCGGCUGGAUGAUCUGACUCUUCCCCUGCCCACCACGAUUGCUGUCCAGAUGCCCUGGAUCCUGCUCAUACUGCUGCUAUUCGGGAACGCUGUGGAAAUGUUCGCCCUAAACCACAGCAAGAAACAAGUGGGGGUCGGGCUGAAAGACAAUUGCACCGGCUGUCUGAUCUGCUCCGAGGAAAAUGGCUGUUCCACCUGCCAGCCACGGCUCUUUCUCCACAUCCGCCGAGACGGCAUCCGCCAGUACGGGAAGUGCGUCCACGACUGUCCCCACGGCUACUUUGGCGUGCGCGGCCACGAGGUCAACAGGUGCAAAAAAUGCGGAUCCACCUGUGAGAGUUGUUUCAGCCAAGACUUCUGCAUUCGGUGUAAAAAGAGGUUUUUUUUGCACAAAGGGAAGUGUGCCCCCACCUGCCCACCGGGCACCAUUGCCCAACAGAGCACCUGGGAAUGCCAAGAGGAAUGUGAAUUUGGACCGUGGAGCCUCUGGAGUCCCUGCCUCCAGGAUGGGAAAACCUGUGGGUCAGCCUGGGGCCUGGAGACCAGAGUGCGUGAGGUCAGCCGAGGCAGUCGAGAGGAGGGAACAGCAGCCUGCCAAGCCCUAUCUGAGUCCAGAAACUGUGCCAUCAGGAGGCACUGCCCAGGAGAGAAAAACCUGACCCGAAGACGAGGGAGGAAGGAAAGGAGGCAUCGGAAAGAGCGAAAAAUGGAGCAUUCCCACUGAAUACCACCCCGACCUGGCACUGGGACAUGUGGGCCAGGAAGCAGUAAGGAGCAGCUCUGACUCAGCCACUCAUCAGUGACUUUCCAUUCACCUGGCCCUUUCCAUCCAGGGAAAACUGAACAACUUUCAUUCCCCAUUUUUCCUUUCCCCUUCCUUCCUUCCUUCCUUCCUUCCUUCCUUCCUUCCUUCCUUCCUUCCUUCCUUCCUUCCUUCCUUCCUUGUCCUUUGUUUUUCUCCUUUCUCUUUUUCUUCUCCUUCCUUUUCUCCCUCUAUUCUUUCUACUCUAUUUCAUUUCUCCUUUCUCUGUCAUCCUUUUGUCCUCCUCUUUCUACCUCCUCAAUGUUCCCUUCCUUCUUCUCUUCUUGUUCUCUCCCUUUCAUCUCUUUCUUUCUUUUACUCUCUUCUUUCUUUUUCUCCUUCCAUUCCUUCUUUCUCAACAGAAACAAAUACGUUUACAAACUUCAGAGUUGAUCUUUGGCAGCACCCUGGAGAGAUAUAAGGCCAUCUGGAAGCCCAACAAGCAUCCUUCUUGGUGUUUCAGAGAAGGAGACUCCAGAGAGCUACAAGAAGAAGCUCACUCUGCUCCCUAUGUUGGCUGUAUCCCUGGGGGCUGGUAGGUAAGGAAUAGACAUCAUCUCCAAAGGACAGAGACAAUAGACUUAUUUUAGCUGUCCAAGACAAAGAAGCAGGAGAUCACGCCCCUGAGAGACUGCAAACCCUCCCCUACCUAGCAUAAGCUUUUCUCUCCUUCUGGGCAGAAAUCCAAUUGCUCCCAAUGGGAACAGAGUCCUAGAUCCCAAGAAAAUGGACACUGACCUUCAGCAGCUAUACAUCUAAGGGAUUCAAAGGGACUCUGAUCUGGGAGUCAUGGGCACCUCCCUCUCAGCUGAUAGAAUGUCAGGGAAUGGAAGAACUCUUGAAGACCAUUAAGUCCAAACCAUUCAGUUUACAGAAAAGGAAACUGAGGCCCAGAGAGAGCUAACAACUUGGCUUCACAUAGCUGGAAACUUAACAUUUUGAUGCUGAGGAAGCAUCCACAACCUCUUUCUGGUAAAGAAGGGAAGAACAAAGCAGGUUAAGUUACAGGAUGGGCUUUCCUUUUUAAAGUGGGGACACUGCCGGGAUGCCCUCUGCUCAGUUCCACACAUGCAGGAUAAGGUCAUGAGAACUUUUCCUAAGAGAAGGCAGGUCAAAUACUCUUGAGGUUCCUACAGAGACUUGGAUUCUUUCCCUUCUGCUUUGCUACUUCAUCAAUCCUCCUCCCUGCCCCUCCCUUCCUCUCACUAUUUCCAGGUCUCUAACUCGUUUAUUAUGACCAGAACCCUGGAGGCUAUUGGAAGCAGAAGGACCAGGUCUGAGAACUCUCUUCCCUGUAGAACAAGGCCACUAACCCCAGUCCCAACUAUGAAUUCUAGACCUCUGUCCAUCCCCUCCUAACACAAACACAUGUACACUCUCCAUAACCCUGUCAAGCAACUGUACCAAGUACCGAAGAAGUCUAGGAUGGAAACAGGAAUAAAUAUGGGUAGUCAUGUGGUCAUGGACUCUCUUCUCAAUAAGGGAGUCCUCUACCCUACAUGGGCCUUAGAUACUGAGAAAACACAGAAGGUGGCCAAUUAGAUGGGGCAGAUUUUUGUAGAUUUAAAACUUGAAGGGACCUUAGAGGCCUUCCAGUACAAUCCUCUCAUUUUAUAGAGCAGGAAACUGUGCCCUAGAGAGGGGAAAUGACAAUAAUAAUUAUUAUUAUUAUAGCUGACAUUUAUAUAGCGCUUUAAGGUUUACAAAGCGUUUUGUAUUCAUUAUCUCAUUUGAGCCUCACGACAACCCUAGGAGGCAGGCACUAUUAUUAUCCCCACUUUGCAGAUGUGAAAACUGAAAUUCAAAUUUCAGUUAAAUGACUCGUCCGUGGUCAUAUAGAAAAUAAGUGCCAGAGUUAGGGUCUGAAUGUAGAUUCUCAUUCUAAAUCCAUUACUCUUGUGGUGGUACCAGCCUAGGGUCCCUUGACUAAAUCAGUGUCACUGAUUAAUCAUUAUGAAUUCAUUCUUUUUGGCUUAGAAGACUCUUCUGCCUCCUUGGGCCUUUGUUUUAAAAAGUAAAUACCCCUGGGAGAAAGAGAAAUAGGACAGAAAUUAUACACGAUCUCAGAAACUAGACCAUAGAAUGUUAGAACUGAAAAGGACUUUAGAACAUAGACAUGGAAUUUCAGAGACGGAAGGUGCUUAGUGACUAUCCAGUCCAACCCUUUCAUUUUAUAGGAGAGGAAACUCUAUUCCAAGGAAGGGAAAUGACUUGUCCAAAGUCAUGGCAGAGCUGGGAGAAAAGCCCAAGACUCCUGAUCACUAGCCAGAUGCUCCUUCCACUAAAGCUUCUUUAUUAGUUAGCCAUUAACACCUUAGUUGUCGGUUCGCACUUUAGGAGGCAUUAACUAUCAGCCAAAAGAGAACAAGGAUAGAACAUAGGAUAUAAAUAUGGGGGUGGGGAGAGUGGAGAGUUCACCAACAGCAUCUUUGGAAGGGGAGAGAGUUCAGGCCAUACCAAACAGCUACCAAAGAAAUUCCACCUCCCUCACUGAAGUAUAGAGGGCUUCAUCAGCCCCAUAAACUGCCAGCCAUUCCAGUGCCUAAUUGGUCUCUUAACUGGACCUAAUUGGACUAAGGAGCAGUCCCCCAAGUCCAUGCAGGUCGCUUCCAUCAUUCUUUCAGAAGUCAUGAUCAUUACAGUCUCAGAAACCUCAAAGACAUCUCUGGAAGUUUAGGGGACCAAUUCCAUAGGAAUGAUGGAGGUUCGUGGCUCAUUAGGGCUAGAAGGAUCCUAAGAAGAAUCUAAUCUAUUUGCCUCAUCACAGCUGGGAAAAAAAUGGUCCAGAGGGGGGAAAUAAAUACCUUGCAACCAGGGGACCUCUCUUUUCCCAAUACCCUAGGCCUUGGUUUCCAAUGUAAUGGGAUGAAGGGACCAGAAAGUGUCUAUCAUUGACAGUAGGCUCUUGGUUUUCUCCUUUUCUUCAAGACAGUAGCUUUUCAGAGCUUCUUGUAAAAAAUAGAAAAAUAAAGGAAACAGAAAAACA